ACCAACCGUUUAGUUUGUUUUAAGAUUUAAGAGUAGCCCUUUUCCUCUUAGAACACAUUUUUAAGUAGAAUGGAAAACUUUGGAACUUUCCCUGAUGGUGAAUGGGAAUGCUGUCGUAGAAUGUUUGCCAUUGAAGACCAUGAUGACUCAUCACUUCUGCUAGGGGAAGAUGAUGGGAACUUUGGAGUACAAUCCAUGUUUUACUCUUCUAAUUCUCACAACAACAAUAAUUUGAAGUAUAUGUCACAAGAAAAUAAUCAUAGUCUGGCUGACACAAACUACUUUUUUAAUUGUUUUGAUCAUGUGGUAGCUAAUAAUAGUGACAUAUCAGAGAAUUUUGAUCAUGGUGAUCAAGUCCAACCAAUUGUUUUUCCCACCAAGCAGUUGAAGCUCAAAAGGUUGCUUGGUGUGUCAGAACUUGAAGAUAAGAUACACUCAUGUGUGAAUCCUAAGAAAAAACCUCGUACUUCAAAAGAUGUGCAAAGAUGCAUGAAGAAGGCAGAGUACUCCAAGAAGAGCAAGAAGAUUGAUAGAAAUGGGAACAAGGCAGAAGAAACCAAUGCAAGUAUAGAUGGACAUAGCUCUAGUGGUUAUACCUCAGAGGAGCACAAUGUGUAUGAGGAAAAUAGUGGAAGAGUUACUUCAGCAUCUAAAUUAACUGUGGCUCUCAACUCAAAUGGGAAGAUAAGAGCUAAUAGAGGAUCAGCAACAGAUCCUCAAAGCCUUUAUGCAAGGAAAAGAAGAGAGAGAAUAAACGAGAGACUAAAAACUCUACAAAAUCUUGUACCAAAUGGAACCAAGGUUGAUAUAAGCACAAUGCUUGAAGAAGCGGUCAAUUAUGUGAAACUUUUGCAACUCCAAAUCAAGCUUCUAAGCUCUGAUGAAUUGUGGAUGUACGCCCCAAUUGCCUAUAAUGGACUUGACAUUGGAAUCAAUCUUAGCCAGAAGAUUUAUCCACCACCAUGAGCUUAAAAUGAAACUUGUUCAUGAAUGAUGUUCAAUUUAAGAAUUCAAUUGAUUUACAUAUUAUUAUGUAUAAUAUAAUGAUUUGGAAAUCCUACCUUUUUAUAGGAUUUGCAAAUUUUAAGUGUUCCAAACAGGUCGAUUUGGGUUGCAAAAUCUCUGUGCCGCAUGUUGCAUGAAACAUUGUCAAGUAUACAGUUGUAGAACUUGUGUGUUAAUAAGUUUAGCUUAUCCCUUUGUAGAGCAGACCAUGCAUCGUUGUAUGAUUAUUGGAAUGACCAAUGAAAUCUCUAGAGAAGCUUUGAUCAAUACUGUUUGAAGUAUUGGUUUGCUUA